AAGGAAGUUCCCACACCGCCGCCUCGUGGACAUCCUGUGGUGUGGUCGAGCCGGCACCGGAUGGAAUCAUCGUCCGCAGCGUGGCAACUGGUGCUGCACCGAACCCGGCAACGAACAGCGGUUGAAACAUUGUGCGCCCCCCAACGGCCGGUCGGUGGGCGUCACGGGAGGAACCUCACAUGCCGCACGGACGCCACUCGUCAGUAGUAGCUCCCAUCAACCUCAGUGAAUCGUCCGCCCUGCGUUCCGACGGCUGCCAUUAGGCCAUCUUCCCGCAGCAGCAACGUAAUGGGUGAAGAAAGCCUCGAACGUAGCGAUGCGGGUGGGAAGGUCCUGCAGCCGCACGUGGCCGACUACAGUCCGGUACGGACGCAUCAUCAGCCCGAGCAGGAGCCGGAUGAAGGGCUGCAGCAGCAGGCUCCGGAGGGUGGCAAUCAGCAAAAUGAAAUCGGAAGCCUUGGGCUGAAAACUGUUGAUCCGGCACCAGCCAUCGCUACAGUGAAGGAUGAAACAAACACGCUCAAUAGGGUGCACCCGCCGGCCCUGGUGCUGGUGCCACAGGAAAACUCGCCCGCCCGCAACCAACCCGUAAGCGCGGCCGAAGAAAGCACACUCCCCAACGAGACGGGCGAAAGGAAUGGAGGUACCGUGGCGCUGUUGCCCCGCAACGGAAGUGCGGUAAAGUUCGGUCGCAGCGUUUCGAACAGCACUUUCCAACCGAACGGCCACGGUGGAGGACCGGCGCCCGACAACAAGGAGCUCGAUCCGGAGGACGGGACGAACGAGGACGACUACGAGCUGGUGCCCCCGGACGGAGGUUGGGGUUGGCUCGUGCUGGCCGGCUCGAUGCUGGUCAACAUCCUCGUGCCGGGCACGAUCAAGAGCUUCGGCGUGCUUUUCGUCGAGUUCCUGGAAGCGUUCCAGGCGUCACCGUCGGCCGCCGCCUGGAUUCCGGCCCUGUGCUACUUCCUGUACAGCUCGCUCGGUCCGCUGUCCAGCAUUCUGUCGGUGAAGUACAGCUACCGCACGGUGACGAUCGUCGGUGGGACGUUCGCGGCGGUCGGUAUGAUUAUCACCUACUGGGCGACCUCGGUCAACUACCUGUACGUGAGCUACGGCGUGCUGGUCGGGACGGGCGCUGGCCUUUCCUUCCCGCCGACCGUCUACAUCGUGACGUCGUACUUUGUGCGCCUGCGGGGCCUCGCGAACGGUCUGUGCAUUUCGGGCAGUGCGCUCGGGUCGAUCAUCCUGCCGCCGGUGCUUCGCUUUCUGCUCGAAACGUACGGCUACCGGGGGGCCUGUCUCAUCAUGGGAGGCAUCACGCUCAACGUCUGGGUAGCGGCCAUCUUCUACGAGCCGGUUGAGAAGCACAUGAAGCGCGUCCGGAAGCGUAUCCUACCGCAGCUCGACGAAGAAAACGAACCCCUUGCCACGGUGCACCGGGGUGCCGGAGGUGGUGGAGGCGAGGACACCAUCCUUGAGGAGUGCGAAUCGAACGAUACGGAUCCGCCGGGCGCAGUGGAGGAUCCGGAUCUUGCCCGGCAAUCAUCAACGCGCCAGCUGGCGGCAGGCAGCAAGAAGCCCAAGUUUGCCAUCAUGGGCGACGACACGCCAACCAUCUCGACGCCAACGCUCGAGCACAAAUCGCCCGACAUUUUCCGCUUCAAUCCGAAGAACGGCCUGCUGGAUGGGUUCGCCCGGAGCGUCUCGGCGGCGGCCGUCCCCGUUUCGUACGGGCGUGACAAAGAGGAGCUGCUCGGUGGUGGAGGCGGCGAUGGAGGGAGCACACGCCGCCAGCGGAAGAUUAGCACACCGAUCAAGGAGGAACACCGGAACCUUACCUUUACGAGUCAGCUCAGCUCGACUUCGAUUCCGCCGAACGACAGCUCGACCGGGCUCGGGUCGUACUUUCGGCUGAACCGGUUGAACUCGAUUCGUAGCGGGCUGCAUGGGCACGGCGGAGGGACAUCGAACACGACGGGGGCAUCCGGCCGAGCGCCAAAGCGAUCACCCUCGACGAGCAGCUUCCAGUACAUGAGCACGCCGUUCCACGGUAGCACACUGUCCACGCACCAACCGAAGGAGUUUGCCUCCCAUCUGUCGCUGCGUUCGUUCGGGGGGAGUGUAACGCGUGGCAAGUCGAAUGCCGCCGGUGGUGACGAUGACCCCACGAAUGCCGGCGGCACGAUCGCCGACGGCACCGGCGGAGCUGAUGGGAAGAAGGAUGGCAAAUCGAGCGGUGGCGGGGCCAGCAUGGGAAAGACAUUCUUCGACCUUUCGCUGCUUUCCGAUCCCACCUACCUGGUGAUCCUCAUCUCGAACUCGACCAACGCCAUCGGGUACACGAAUUUCAUCAUCCUCCUACCGGCGUACGCCAUUUCGCUCGGGUUCGACAAAAGCCUGGCUGCUUACCUGCUCUCGAUCGUGUCCACGCUCGAUCUGGUCGGUCGGAUCGGUGGUUCCGCCCUGUCCGACACCAAUCUCAUCCCGAAGACGUGGUACUUCGUCGGUGGCCUGUCGAUCAGCGGGCUGGCGUUGGCGCUGCUACCGACGGUGCGCGACUACACGAUGGUCAGCGUGUUCUGCGGGCUGUUCGGGCUAGCGUCCGGCACGUACGUGGGCAUUACGGCGGUCAUUAUGGCGGACAUGCUCGGUACCGAGCGGCUCACCUCGUCCUACGGUAUCAGCCUGUUCGUGAACGGUAUCCUGCAGCUCGUUGGGCCACCGAUCUGUGGCGUUAUCUUCGAGCAGAUGGGACGCUACCAGCCACUGUUUACGGCGCUCGGAUUUAUCCUACUCGGUGGUUCUGCCCUGUGGGGCUUUAUGCCGUUCAUUAACCGGCAGAAGCGUCGGAAGGCGGCGGCGGAGGCGGCGGCAGCUGAAAUCGAAAAGGAAACACUGAACAACAAACAAGGGACAACGUUGUCCCCGGUACGAGGCAACCAUGAGGACGAUAAUGACAACGACGACGACGACGACAAUGGCGGCCCGAAAAGCACCGGAAAAUCGCUCAUUGCCGCCUAAAUCCAUUCAUGACGAUCGGGUCCCGUGUGGAGGAGAAUUUGUUUUACUUUGUAGACGCUAGCAUUUUAGUAUUCAAUAUGACAAUUCUUCGCAUGGAAAGGAACCAAACCUCAAACCUUGGACGACGAAACAACCAGUUUCGUUCAGCAUCCUGCCUUUUCCGUGCAGAAAGCACACGACGGACAGGAUACGGUUCUUUGUGUGUAUGUGUUUGUAUGUGCAAAAGCUAAGAAACGCUAGUAUUAAAGACCAAGCAUCCAGAGACCAAGGGAAAAAGGAGGGCGAAACCAACAAACAGAAAGUGACCAUAAACUAACGUAAGAGCAAGCGAGGCAGAAAAGAAGGAAAGUAGAUCGCAGUAGUCGAAUUUUAAGAAGAAAAACAAAAACGCGUCAACGGACCGUAAAAAUACCUUACAUGAAUCAAAGAAGCGCGAAACCGGAUGGUAGUAGGCGUUGGAGAAGCUAUAUGAAAUAGUAUUACAUACGCGUGGUGGUGAAUAUAAGAUGAAAGUGCGAUUUGUGAAAGACCACCAACUCCUUGCUGAACAGUUUGAGCUAACACAACUUAAUCAAUUAAUCUUAAGCAAAACGGUGAAUACAGGCCAGAUCCUGGGUUCGCCCGAAACAGCUGUACAAGGCGGAAGGUCGGCAACCGGUUGCUAUGUUUAUAUUCUAAAUUGACAUUUCAUUGCUUAAGGUGCCUCCUGACUGUUGCCUGGAUUAAAGAGAGCUAGAAUAUCGAUCGCAGCUUGUCCUUCUCUCUUCCUCUCUCUUUGUUUUUCCUCAUCCAGGAUCAGCCAAAAGUGUGCACGAUUAGACAAUUUUCCCGGCGAAGUAAAAUAGAGUUAGUCGACGCUCAAAUCAAUCAUACUAUACUCCUUCGUGGAGAAAGGAAACGGAGAAGAGGAACACUAAUAAGGAUGAAUCAGAAAUGUGUGCAUGUGUGCUUGAUUGUGUGCGCGAUAUUGUGUGAUUGAAGCCGAGCGAAAAGGGAAAAGCAUUUUAAAUGUUUCGUAGAACAAUGUAAGAAAGUUAGGGUUUAUCGUUGCUUUACCGAAGCCAAGGACGGAUGUAUACAGGACCGAUAGAAUAGCGCGAGAUGCCAUAGAAAAAUGAUAUGACUUCCGCUCAAUCAGUUAACGACGAUGACCGACGGGGAAGACGUGUUUCUUCGUUUGUUGGACACACACUGUGGCCGUUUGAGUGCGCGGAAGGCUAGCUAUAGUUAGUGCUCCGGAUGCAAUUGAUGAACCUCUCUUCGGGAAGAACACAAGAAAAUUACCAAAACUGCGGUGCGUAGCAACCGUGGGGGGUUUCUUUUUUAGGGUUAAGUGCGAUAUUAUGUGUAGAAAUGAAAUAUUAAUAUUUUUUGUCAGGCGGAACUCAAACAGGAUGUAGAUAAAGUACCGAUACAAUAUAUAUAUAGAACAAGCGA